GUUUACCAACGUUCAAACACAGACAUGAGACCGUUUGUGUUAGGUACAUUUUUAUUGGCAGUCGCCUGCGUAGCAAGCGCAGGGGAGGCCAGCAAACCUAGCAAACAAGAAAAGCGCGGUCUUUUGGACUUGGGCGACCAUGGCUCUAGCAUUUCUCUUGGAGGUGGCCAUGAAGAAAUCUCCUUAGGAGGUCAUGGAGGAGGUAUCUCCCUUGGAGGAGGAUACGGUGGACAUGGAGGUGGUAUCUCUCUUGGUGGGGGAUACGGCGGUGGUCAUGGAGGUGGAAUCUCCCUUGGUGGAGGAUACGGCGGUGGUCAUGGAGGUGGUAUCUCCCUUGGAGGAGGUUAUGGAGGAGGAUAUGGAGGUGGAAUUGGAGGAGGAUUAGGAGGUGGCUUGGGAGGUGGUUUGGGAGGAGGAUUAGGAGGCGGCGGUGGUGGUGGUGGAGCCACUAUUAGCACCAUUACCCAAACCGUUGGUGUACCAGUACCAGUACCUCAACCCUACACUGUAACUAGGCGCGUACCAGUACCAGUAGCCCAACCUGUUGCCGUUCCAGUACCAAGACCAGUACCUGUUGAAGUACCAGUACCAAGAACUGUAAUUGUACCACGCCCAGUACCAGUCACCGUAAACCGCCCAGUGCCAGUACCAGUUCAAGUACCAGUACGUGUACCGGUAGCUCAACCCUACCCAGUUGAAGUUCCACAACCCUACCCAGUUGAAGUAGCACAACCUGUUGCAGUACCAGUCCGUCAAACUAUCGUAGUACCAGUUGCUCAACCUGUAUACGUUGGAGGAGGAGGUGGAGGCGGUGCUGGAGGUUUGGGAGGUGGACUUGGAGGUGGGUUAGGAGGCGGAUACGGAGGCGGAUACGGAGGUGGUUUGGGAGGACAUGGAGGUGGUUCAAUUGGAGGAGGUUAUGGUGGACAUGGAGGUUCAAUCUCUUCCAUCUCAAUUGGUCAUGGUUCCAGCUAUGGCGGUGGACACGGAAUCUCUUUGGGAUCUUCCGGUGGUCACGGAAUCUCUUUGGGAUCUUCCGGUGGUCACGGAAUCUCUUUGGGAUCUUCUGGAGGUCACGGUGGUCUUUCCAGCUACGGUGGUGGACACGGUGGUGCUUCCAGCUACUCUUCCAUUUCCCUCGGUGGAGGUUCAUCCAAAUGGUAAAAGAAAACCUAAGACUACAUCAUUACCAUUUAUACUCAUUUCAUAAACCAUUUAAACUCAAUCAUCGCGAAUGUGAUAACAGUAUUUUGUUAAUUUUUCUGAUGGUCCCUCCAUCGAUGUAUAUAUUUUAAAUGCAUAGAGAAAUAAAG